AUGGCUGCAAAAGAGUCGACGUCGCCACAGCUAAUGGUUCCCGUUCUUCUGCUGGUUGGAUGGAUUGUAGGCUGCAUCAUCGUGGUUUACAUCGUCUUCUCUUAG